AUGAGCGAAACGGGUGUAAAUUCGUGUAAAAAGAAGAAAUCCGAGACUCUGGAGAAAGUUCUGAAUGAUGGUUUAGCCUUGUUGGCGAAAGAAAAAGGAUCAAAAUGUCGGGGGAAAAAGCCUUCUCAUUUUUGCAUAGUGCAAGUUGGUUGUAAGAGGUUGACCCACACGCCUUACCGCUGCCGUCAAGGAUCAAUUAAGCAAAAUGAUAACCAGCAGUAUGAUAGCUCUGUGGCUGAUGACUUUCAAGUAAAUGAUGAGCACAAGCAAACAGACGUUGAUAUUGAGCUAGAGAAUCUUAUAUUUGAAUGCAGAGGACUUUUGGCUUCAGAGAAAGAGGAUGCCAAGAAAUGGUCUGAUCGCAUGGAAGAGCUUCAUUCUCUUUGGGAAAAUAAUAGAUCUACCAUAUUCGAAACCUUGAUCCAAUGUGAAUCAGUUGAUAAAGGCACACCAUGCUUCAAUUGUAGGGAAUCUCCAGGCUUGAUAAAGUGUCAUCAGUGUGGUAGUAACUGGCCAGUCUGUGUUGAAUGUGAUAGGAAAAUUCAUGAAAGAAAGCCAUUCCAUGAUAGACAUGGGUGGAUGGGUAAUCAUUUCAGACCACUUCAGCCAUCACAUUCAUUGGAUAAAAAUGGACAAAUAAUUGAAGUUGAUUGCUAUGUUUCUUUGCAUCCUGUCAAAAGUUUUGUCAUGGCUGCUCUAGAAAAUCAACCUUUCACUCCGUGCCCA